GGUGUGAACAUUACUAACCCACCUCAAUUGUUUGCAUCACCAACACACUUCACAAUCUCACAACUACACACUCUGCAUUCAUUGCAUCCCAAUUCCAUGAUGCUCUUUUCAUCACUUUGUCCCAAUUCUCCAUCCUCCAAUUAAUUCGCUUCCCAAAAGCGACCAUGCCAACUCCACUUUCCCUCAUUCAAUUCAAAUUUCAUAAUACUUAAAACCCACAAUCAACUUUUUUUUUUUUUUUUUUUAAUCUCAGAUUCUUCAAAUUCUUGGAUCUGACUCUGCUCACCACACUUACCAAAGCAACGUUUUUUGGUCCCAAGUCCAAGAUCCAAUGGCGGUUGCUACGAGAGGAACCAGAGGUGGAUCUAGUUUUCGUAGCUUCUUCUCGUUCCGGAUCUUCAUCUCCGCCAUGUUCUUUCUUCUCUUCAUUGCCACCCUUUCGGUCCUCUUCACCACCAACCCCUCCACAUCGAACGACGACUCUGAUCUUCCCACGACUGGUAAUGCAUACGUGCAUCGGACCUUUUUGGCAUUGAAAUCUGACCCUCUUAGGACUAGAGUGGAGUUGAUACACCAGCAAGCUAAAGAUCACAUAGCACUGGUGAAUGCCUAUGGUGCUUAUGCUAGGAAGCUCAAGCUUGAUAUUUCUAAGCAGUUGAAGAUGUUUGAUGAAUUGGCGCGCAAUUUUUCAGAUAUUUCAUUGAAGCCGACUUAUAGAGCAGCGUUGUUUGAGUCGGAUGGACCUAUUGAUGAGGAUGUGCUGAGGCAGUUUGAGAAGGAGGUUAAGGAUAGAGUGAAGAUUGCAAGGAUGAUGAUUGUUGAGUCCAAAGAGAAUUAUGAUAAUCAGUUGAAGAUUCAGAAGUUGAAGGAUACGAUAUUUGCAGUUCAUGAGUCACUUGCGAAGGCAAAAAAGAAUGGUGCCAUGGCAAGCUUGAUUUCGGCCAAAUCAAUUCCCAAGAGCUUGCAUUGUUUGGCGAUGAGGUUGAUGGGUGAGAAGAUUUCCAAUCCUGAGAAAUAUAGAGAUGAGGGGCCCAAGCCGGAGUUUGAAGAUCCCACUUUAUAUCAUUAUGCAAUAUUCUCGGACAAUGUUAUAGCCGUGUCUGUGGUGGUGAGAUCGGUGGUGAAGAAUGCAAAUGAACCGUGGAAGCAUGUUUUUCACGUUGUUACAAACAGGAUGAAUGUUGGGGCAAUGAAGGUUUGGUUUAAGAUGAGGCCUAUUGAAGGGGGUGCAUUUUUAGAGGUGAAAUCAGUAGAAGAAUUCUCAUUUUUAAAUUCAUCAUAUGUCCCAAUCUUGAGGCAACUUGAGUCAGCAAAAAUGAAGCAUCAUUACCUUGAGAAUCAAGCUGAUAAUGCCACAAAUGAUGCAAACAUGAAAAAUGCCAAGUCCCUGUCCAUGUUGGAUCACCUUCGAUUUUAUUUGCCAGAGAUGUACCCUAAACUGUAUAAGAUCUUACUGUUGGAUGAUGAUGUUGUGGUUCAGAAAGACUUGACAGGUUUGUGGAAAAUUGAUUUGGAUGGGAAGGUGAAUGGUGCUGUUGAGAUCUGUUUUGGUUCUUUCCACCGAUAUGCUCAGUACUUGAAUUUCUCUCAUCCUUUAAUCAAGGAGAGCUUCAAUCCAAAAGCUUGUGCUUGGGCCUAUGGCAUGAAUAUAUUUAAUCUUGAUGCUUGGAGGCGUGAAAAAUCUACAGAUAAUUACCACUAUUGGCAGAGCAUGAAUGAAGACCAAACUUUAUGGAAAGCGGGGACCUUGCCACCGGGUUUGAUCACCUUCUACUCCACAACCAAGUCAUUGGACAAAUCCUGGCAUGUGCUUGGGCUAGGAUACAAUCCCAGCAUUAGUAUGGAUGAGAUCAACAAUGCUGCUGUUAUUCAUUACAACGGAAACAUGAAACCCUGGCUUGAUAUUGCGUUGAAUCAAUACAAAAAUCUCUGGACCAAAUACGUGGACAAUGAUAUGGAGUUUGUGCAGAUGUGCAAUUUUGGCCUAUAGUUGAGAUCAACACACGGCUGUUAUCAUUAUAAAGGCUUGAGAUAACAUGGCAAUUGUGGUUUACCAUAUUCUUUUGGAACUGAGAAUCUCAAGUUGAAUGUAGCCUGUCACAGAGAAGUUCUGUGUUGUCACCAAGUUAAAUCUCAAGUUCAGAAGCUAGGCAAUAAUUUUGAUAGACUGUAUUUGGAAAUUUACACGAAAUAGUUUUUAUUUUUUCUCCUUUCUGUAUUUUGGAACAUAUUUAUCAUGUAUUCAUUUGCUGAUGAUGGUAGUGUCAUGACUCAAACUAAUGAGAAGGCACUACUUUUUAUCUAUUUAACACACCUACUACAUGUUAUAUUUUGUACGUUUCUAGGCAUGCCUCUUUGUAUUUCCAAAAUUGAUAAUAGGAAAAGGCCAUGUGAUGCAGUGAUUUUUCAGGGAUUUGGUCACUUGAAUGAAGCACAGUGCAUUUUCAACCA